AUGGCCGCCCCCACCUCCUCCAUACCCGCCACCACUCGUGCCCUCUUCCACAACCCCCAAGAAGACUCCCUAACCCGCACCACGCGCCCAGCGCCCACCCCCGACCUUGACGCCGACGAGCACCUCAUCCGCGUGCACACCACCGCCCCCUGCGCCGGCGAACUCACCUGGUGGAAAUUCGGCAUUCCCAAGGCCCCUCCCUUGCACGUCCCCGGCCAGGACGUUGCCGGCACCAUCGUUCUCGCCCCUCCCACAUCCUCCUUCAAGCCCGGCGACGCCGUCUACGCGCGAAUUCCAUGGUCCAGACCCGGCGCGGCCCAGGAAUACACCAUCCUGCUCGGCUCGGAGAUCGCUCUGAAGCCGAAGAACUUGGACUUUGUGCAUGCCGCGACGGUGCCGAUGAGUGCGCUGACGGCGUGGCAGUUGGUCUUUGACCAGGCCGGGUUCAAGGGGCCGGAUGACGAGGCGACCAGGGGUAAGGCUGUGGUUGUUACCGCUGCCAGUGGGAACGUUGGGCUGUGGUGUGUGCAGCUUGCGAGGAUUGCGGGAUUUGAGAGGAUUGUGGGCACGUAUGGUGGGGAUGCGGAUAUGGAGAAACUGUUGAGGGAAAUUGGCGCAACCGACUUGGUGGAUUAUAAGCAAAGCAGCCUUGCGGAAUGGGUGUCCCAGGAUCCAGAGCAUUGGAAGGUUGACCUGGUGGUGGAUUGCUUUGGAAGAGGGGCCCUCGCUGAUGCUUGGAACGCCGUCAAGGACGGUGGGCAGUUGCUCAGCGUAUGCGAGCCGCCAGAGAGUAGAAAACCUGCAGACUGCCAGGCAAAGGGCGUCACGAAUCGGUUUUUCAUAAUGGAUGCAGCUCGCGGGAAAGAUUUGGCGCGAGUGACGGAGUUCUUAGAAAAUGGGAAGUGCAGAGCUUUCCUGGACUCGGUUUACGAAUUCAACGACUUUGAAGCAGCGUUCGAGAGAGUUGAAGGGAGACAUGCAAGGGGAAAAGUAGUGAUCAAAGUUAUGAAAUGA